GUGAUUAUCAGUUUGUAUCGCGACAUGGAAAACGGCGACCGCAUGUUCUGUCACGCCUGUGGCGGAGUUUGGCUCAAAGAUGGCGGUUUGACGUGCCCGCAUUGUGAAUCUGAGUUCACAGAAAUAAUUGAAAUUCCCCCAGAGCAGCCUUCAGAAGCUUCCCCAAAUUCCCCUUCACACCGUGCCGAUUCCUCGUCGCCUCCACGCGUCAAUCCGUGGAUAGACAACAACCCAUGGGAACGAGACACACAGGAACGACAUCGCCCUGGGUUUUUCGCAGGCGGCGCUCCUCCCCCAGGCGACACUCCUCUAUAUUCCUCCUUGCAUACAUAUAGAUCUCCCGACGGACGUUUCUCAUUCAGCAGCGCGACGCUUGAUGGCGGAUUACCCGGUGGUCAGCGCAACAAUGGCCCGAACCCUUUUCCAAUGAUGAUGCAAAGCUUUGACACAAUGCUCCAAGCUUUAAUGGAACCAAACCCUCGUGGAUACAGGGGAUUUGGGGAGGAUCCCUUCCAUGCUCAAUCAUCUACCUCCCCCGACUGGCUCGAGGACGACCACCUCACGGGCCGUCACCCAGGCCUAUCUCCCCGCAAUACAGAUGCACCGCAACCUCAUAACCGCACUCCAACAGACUUAGCUGAACUUAUGGACGCCAUUCGUGCUGACAUUGGGUUACAAACUACCCCACGCGCGCGUGGAGCUCGGGGCCCGACAGGCCCACAUGCUCUUUCUAUAUUGUCAGCCAUCCUCAACAUGAGUAGAAGUGAGGAUGCAGUAUAUUCACAAGAGGAGCUUGACCGAGUCAUCACACAACUGGUUGAGAAUACUGGAGGGACCAGCACUGCGGCACCGCCAGCAUCUGAUGCUGCUGUCCGAGCUUUGCCGAAGAGAAAGGUCAAUGAAGAGAUGAUGGGGUCGGAAGGGAAAGCAGAGUGUUCGAUUUGUAUGGAGAAUGUCGAACUCGGCUUGGAAGUCACUGUGCUACCAUGCACGCACUGGUUUCAUUUCAACUGCAUUCAUGCCUGGCUGACCCAGCAUGACACUUGUCCCCAUUGCCGGCGCAGCAUCAAUACAAACACAGCGAGCGGAGAAGGCACCUGUGAGAAUCCGGUAGUGAUCCAGGAUAGCCCCGAGCAGUCUAGAUCCCAACGACGUCACAGUUCUCCUCGCACUGUGCGCAGCGAUCGAUCCUCAUUAUCUUCAUUGCCGAGCCUAAUUUCUCCACGGGUUUCACCCCGUCGGUCCCCUCCUCCAGAGGGAGGGCAACCCAGCAACCGACGGCCUAGCCGAGGUGAGGGUAGCAGUGGAGGGGGAAUCACAAAUUGGUUUACGAACCGAUUUGGAGGCAGUGCAUAA